CGGUGUCCCUUCUUUGCAAAAAUGAGCAAUUCCCCCAACCCUACGAAGCGAAGACGGCGGGAGGUGAAGGAAUGGCGGCGGAAGGAAGUGCAGCGAUCUGCGUGGAAGAAGUGUAGAACGGGCUUGAAUUUCUGCUAGAUCCAGCCGACAGAUUUCCUUUGACUGAAGUCACUGCCCACGUUGAGCGGCCAGAUCCACUGGUGCUGAUGGACGUCCCACGGUCGGCGCCGGCAACUGGCCACUCAUCUUGCGCGAUUGUAGUUGGUCACAUCGGCGCUUCAUCUCAUCCUAACAGGUCCGCGGGCAAGAGGCCGCUGUCACCAGCAAAAUCUGCUGAAUCCACUGAAAGUUAACCCCGAGGCACCGGGGUGGACCAGGAGGGGAAACCAGAGCAGCAGAAUAGCAGGUCUUGCCGUUGCGAGUGCCCUGUGAUGGUCAGAUUACUAAGAGCUACUGACAGUGGAUGGCACAUUGCUGAGCACCAGCCGAGUCACAAUCAUUCCUUGUCGCUUACGUGCGGAGAAAAAGUGCACUGGCCAUCCCACAAACACAUAGAUGUGUACACAAAGGAUUUGGUGAAACAGCUCAGGGCAAACAAUGUGAACCUCAACAAGGUGUAUAGCCCAGUUGGCAGCUUCUUCGGGUAGUCACAGAGCGUUCCUUUUACAAAAAGGUCAUUGCGCAAUCUAUGCGGGAGAAUAAGCCGAGACCAAGCUGAUGAUGAUGUGAACAAAACCCUUGCCGUAUUCAAAGAAAUUCAGCGGAAUGACCCAGAAUUCACAUACAGGGUCCAGGGCGAUGAGGAAAGCAGAAUCAAAAACCUUAUGUGGAUGAAUGGGAACAGCAAGUUGCAGUACAAGUUCUUUGGCGAUGUUGUCACAUUUGAUAUGACGUAUCAGACAAACUUGUAUGACUUGCCGUUUGGUUUGUUUGUUGGAGUGAACAACCACUUUCAGUGCAUAAUUCUUGCUGGAGUGCUGAUGCGUGAUGGACAAGUAGAGAGCUUCUGGUGGGUUUUUUCUUAGUUCAUCAACAUGAUGGGUGGAAAACACCCCCAGACAAUAUUGACAGACCAAGCAAGAGCCAUGGAGAUAGCAAUCGGAAGCGAGCUCCCUAAUACCGUCCAUAGGUGGUGCAAGUGGCACGUUCUCAAGAAAGCAAAAGAAAGCCUUGGCCCACUGUACACAAGCAAGAGCGAGUUUAGGGCUAAAUUCCAUAAAGUUAAGAAUCACAUGAUAAGUGAGGAGGAAUUUGAGACGGCAUGGGCUUCAUUAGUUGAGAAAUACAAUCUGAAAUCCCACAAUUACAUGACAAACCUGUACGAGAUACGGCACAAGUGGGCGAAGCCAUACUUCAGAGGAGUCUUCUGUGUGAAAAUGACCAGCACACAGCGUAGCGAGAGCGCCAACAACAUGUUGAAGAUUUACAUGCCACCAGCUAGCCCAAUGCAUGUAUUCGUGCGCCAGUACAUGAUGCUUCAAUUCGACCGUGAAUCAGAUGAGAGCUACCAGGAAAAAAGAACAAGGAUUAGUGGCGCUGUAAUGAGGACAAACAUUGCUAUCGAGAGGCACGUGAGUAAGGUUUACACAAGAAAGAUGUUUGAAUUAUUUGGUGAUAAUCUCUUCGAGGGUGGAUCAUACCAAAUUGAGGAAGUGGAGAAGAAGAAAAUAUAUAUUGCAAGGCACAGUGACGCUAAAAAAAGAGAGAGGUGGAGCAAGCUAGAAUAUGUGGUGACCAUAUCUGCCGAUGGGGAUUGGUUUGAUUGCAAAUGCGGGCAGUUUGCACACAUGGGGUUGCUAUGCUGCCAUACCUUGAAGGUGAUGGACCACAUUGGCGUGCAGGAAAUACCUAAGUGGCACAUUAUGAAAAGGUGGACAAAAAAUGCUAGGGACAUCUUGCCACAGCACAUUGCUCACUUCCAAAAGGACCAGGCUGCUAAUCAAUCAUUUACCCGUCGGAGUUCGACUCUGUACCUGCAUGCUAUGGAACUGGUGAGGAUUGGAGACUCAUCAGUAGUUGCGUACGAGUUGGUACUAAAGAAGAUGAAAGACUUGAUCGUGGAGGCAUCUCCAUUUGCUGAAAAUAGGGAUGGACUCGGGAUAGAGGAUAGGAUAGCUGCAUAAGCAAGCAGAAAGAACAAUGGCUCAGGUAUGGCAGUGGGUACCAUUGAACCGGAUGUCCCUGCCAAUGAGAACAGCAUGACUGCAUCUGGCAACUGGGAUGCGCUCGCUGCACUGUCAGCUCCAGCCAAAAAACGUGGUGUGGGACGACCAUGCUCAAGCAGAGAGAAAGCGCCGUAUGAAGGCCUGAGCAAGAGGACUAGGUUCUGCAGCAUUUGUAAACUCCCAGGGCACAAGAGGACUACAUGCCCGGACCGUGGUGAUGUUCCUAAACAACCUCGCAAGCCUGUGACUUGCAGGAAUUGCGGUGUUACAGGGCAUCGGCGCACCUCGUGCACUAGGCCGCUCAUGCCUAACGCAUCUUAGAAUAAAUGUUGAACCCAUGUACAAGUAGAAUAAUGGAUGAUUUCCCAGUGUGUUAUGUGUGGAUGGAUUUCCACGCUUGA